UGGAUUAGUUUAUUUCAAAGGGGACAAUGCAAUUUCAUAAAACACAUGACUACUCAUGGUUAAAAAAGCCAGAAUUAGCCAGAAGGCUAGUUUUCAUCUGUAGUCCCCUGGCCAUGAUGUAAAAAAAGGCAGUAAUAUUGCAAUUUAAAAGAAAAAGAAAAGCAAAAGAGACAGAAAGAAAAAAAAGCAUACAAUACAUACACGAUAUAAAAAUACAAAGUAAAAUACAACAUCCCACCAUAACAUCUAUCUUAUUUAUAUUAUAAUAAAACUAAGAUAAACACAAGACCAGAUAUAAUAACAAAAAUAGUUUAAAAAUAAUUAAGAGACAAGAUGACGUUUGUUAUUGGAAAACGAGUCCACCUCUUUUGGGAAAAUUGUGCUUUACUUUGAAGGGCGGGUCACCCUAUUUCCGGUGCAUUUCCGGGUUAUUUGGCGCUGCUUCGCCUUGUGCAGCGGACGAAUUUCGGCGAACAACGGAUGAAGUCUGGCGGAAGGAGAAGACUGAGAAGAAAAAGAAGUAGAGACGGAGGGGGCGGAGGACGCGAUGGAGGGGGAGCUCCCUGAGAGAAACAACACACAACGGGCAUUCUAGCCGGGGAAGUGGCGGCGGUGGUUGUGGUGGUGGUGGUGGGCACUGAAGAAGGAAAAAGCGGGAUAAGUGUCGAGCAAGUUUGCAGCCGGAGCUUUGUUACCCACACCCCACACGUAGGACCCUCCAGUGGACCCCCCUGUGGCCGCGGUCCAACAGUCUCCUUCGCCCGAUGAAUGGAGUUGCCUUCUGCCUUGUUGGAAUACCUCCAUACGCCUCCGAGCACCACGCGAAAGGGCGGAGGGAUGGUGUCUCGUCGACCGCCGACAACCCUCGGCCGCCGAUGGCGUCCAGGCCGGGGAGGGAGGGCCUCAGCACACCUUGGAAAGGCCCCCGGACGCUGGUCCUCCGCAAGAACUCUCAGGGUUUUGGCUUCACCUUGCGCCACUUUAUUGUUUACCCUCCAGAGUCCGCCCUGCACACUAACCUCAAGGAUGAGGAGAACGGCAAUGGAAAGGGGUUCCAGAAGGGAAGACUGGAGCCCAUGGACACCAUAUUUGUGAAAAAUGUGCGAGAGAAAGGUCCGGCACACCAGGCGGGCUUGUGCACAGGGGAUCGUCUGGUGAAAGUGAACGGGGAGAGCGUACUGGGAAAAACGUACUCCCAGGUGAUCGCCCUCAUCCAAAACAGUGAGUGUGUGCUGGAGCUUUCCAUUAUGCCAAAAGAUGAAGACGUGCUUCAGUUGGUAAGUGCCUACUCCCAGGAUGCCUACCUGACCGGCAACGAGCCCUUUUUGGGGGGAGCUGAGAACCUCCCGCCACCGCCGCCCCUGUGCUAUCCCUGCAGCAAGACCACGUCACCUGCAGGGGCACCGCCACCUGCUCCCAUGGGCCAAAACCAGCUGGAUAAUUGGAGUCGCUGGCCCGGUUCCCCCAGUCCCUCGUCACCCCUGGACAACCGUUCUACUGUCUGCAGCCCUGCCAGUUGGCAGGACGGGCAUUUGGGAGAGCUUGGCGGCAUGGGGCACAGCAGCCCAGCCCACCGCACCGAGGAGAUCCAGUAUGGUAUGACGGGCCAGCAGCCUCAGGGGCAAACCAGGGGACGCUCCUACUCGUCCUCCUCAUCUUCAGGAGGCCCUUUAUCAAGCCCCCUGCAGGUCCACUACCCCAACCACCAUGCGGCCAGCUCCACGCAGGCCCAUACUCGCAAGUCAAGCAGCUCGGCUUGGACCAGCCCACCGUUGCCCCACCUCAGUCACGGACACCCUGAACGCUGCCAACAGGCGCUGUCGGAGUGGUACUACAACCAAGUCCCCGAGCGCUCAGGGGGACGCAACAUACAGACGCGCCAGCGCAGCUACUCCCAGGACCGACUCAACGAUACCAGGAGGCAGCAGCGUCAGCAGCGAGUAGAUGGCUGGCCUCACAGCGCCUCCCAGGACACUCUGCUGUUACUUCAGCAGUCGGGACCAGGGCCACAUGGAGAGCCCUACUGGUCAUAUGGGGAGUGGGGUCCAGAUAGGGGCCAUCCUGCCUCGAACUACACUAGAACUCGCUCUGAAAAUCUGCUGGGACAGUAUGAUCGUCACGGACGCUCGUUAGAGAUGCUAGACCGAGCUGCAGCUGGACUGGUCUCGCCUCGGUGUGAGCGGUGGAACCAGCCGCCCAAGCCACCCCCUAGGACAGAUCUCCACCAAAAGCAUGGGGGUCAGUACCCUGCAAAACAAGCACCCCAGAUGCCUCGACACUCACAGCCAAACUCCAAAAACCCCCAGCAGGCGCCCCCAAAGAACCGGCGACUUCCUUCAGGCCAGAGCAUGGACGACCAGCCCGUUGGCUACCGCAGCUAUAGCCCCUCAUUCUAUCGUAAGACGGGCCGCAUCAUGCAGCAAGCCCAAUCUUUCAGAGACCCUUCGUACUCUGGCCCCCACCUCAACUGGAACACCAGCCCGCCAGAGGGUGCGCCAGCCACCUCACCCGCCCCCCUCCUCACCUCGCCUGAAUCCCAGGACAGAGCAUACAGGCCCACCAACCACGAGAGGGAGCGAGGGUCAACGGCGGAGGUGGUUGUGGCGCAGACCCAGGAAGUGGUAAUGCGGCAGAAGCCUCCCAGCGGACGGCGAAACGCCCACGGUAUGCGGCACCCCCACUACGCACUCCCGAUGGAUGGCCUGGAGCCCUCCUUGUUUUCUCCGGAGCCCCCAGACUCAGCACCCGCCUCCAGCUCCUCGGGAGAGACAGUGCCAUUUAAGGCAAACGGCAGCCUUGUCCCGCUGUCCCUCGAGGAUGACUCGCUGGCAUCCAUCCCCUUCAUCGAUGAGCCCACCAGCCCCGGUGCUGACUUGCGCGCCCGCCACGUGCCGGCGUCCUCCGUGGUCUCCAGUGGCAUGAGUUCGGCGCCCGCCGCGGUCUCCAGCCCCGCUUCCCCCACCUUCACCUUCCCCGCCACUAGGCUCUUCUCACAUGACUGCAGCGCUAUUAAAUCCGGUCGCCGUUCCUCCUAUCUUCUAGCCAUCACCUCCGAGCGAUCCAAGUCCUGCGACGAGGGGCUCAACACCUUCCGGGAGGAGGGACGCGUCUUCUCGAGGCUACCAAAGAGAGUCAAGAGCUUCUUCACAGAUGGGUCUCUGGACAACUUGGGGACGGAAGAGGAGAGGCGCUCUAAACGACACUCCACCUCGGAGCUGGGGAACAUCAAGUGCGACAUGCGACGACAAGGGUGGCUGCACUACAAACAGAUCCUCACGGAGAAGGGCAAGAAGGUGGGCAGCGGCAUGCGGCCAUGGAAGCUCUUCUUCUCGGUGCUGCGUUCCCAUUCGCUCUACCUGUACAAGAACAAGCGGGAAGCGGUGCUCAGCGGCGUCAACGUGGGGGGCGGCGCUGAGGACGAGCAACCCAUCAGCAUCCGGGGAUGCCUGGUGGACAUCGCCUACAGCGAGACCAAGCGCAAGCACGCCCUGCGGCUCACCACGCAGGACUACUGCGAGUACCUGCUGCAGGCGGAGAACCGUGAGGACAUGCUGGACUGGAUCAAGGUCAUCCGGGAGAACAGCAAGACCGACAGUGAGGAGUUUGGACAUUCCAGGCAGGCGCUCAUCAACAAGAAGCUAAACGACUAUAGGAAACAGAGCCCUACAGGAAGUAAGCCAGAUGCUUCACCCAGGAUGGCCCGCAUGAAGCCUCCCUUCCUGCUCGCCAAGACGGAGAACGCUGUGGGGAUGCCGCGCUCGCCCAAACCAGACGGCAAAGACGAGAGCAGCCCCCCCAAGUCUCCGUGGGGAAUUAACAUCAUGAAGAAGACCAAGAAGGCCGGCCCUAAAGCGUUUGGAGUGAGGCUGGAGGAGUGCCAGCCGGGAGUCAACAACAAGUUCAUCCCGUUGAUUGUGGAGAUCUGCUGCGGCCUGGUGGAGGAGAUGGGUCUGGAGUACACCGGCAUCUACCGUGUGCCGGGCAACAACGCCAUAGUGAUAAUGCUACAAGAGCAACUCAACAAGGGCGUCGACAUCAAUCCGGCAGAGGAGAAGUGGCAGGACCUCAACGUUGUCAGCAGUUUACUUAAAUCCUUUUUUCGGAAACUUCCAGAGCCACUCUUCACCAACGACAAGUACAACGAUUUCAUCGAUGCCAACAGACUGGAAGAUGCGUCAGACAGAUUGAAGACAAUGAAGAAGCUGAUCCGAGAUCUUCCAGAUUAUUAUUACCACACUCUGAAGUUCUUAGUGUGUCACCUGAAGACAGUGGCGGACCAUUCUGAUAAAAACAAGAUGGAGCCACGUAACCUGGCUCUGGUGUUUGGACCGACUCUGGUGCGGACGUCCGAGGACAACAUGAAGGACAUGGUGACACACAUGCCCGACCGCUACAAGAUAGUGGAGACCCUCGUCCAACAUUACAUCUGGUUUUUCAGCGACGAGCCCGAUAAGGAUGAAAAGACGCCGGUGGACACGGAGGACGUGCAGCCCGCCCCCAACAUCGACCACCUGUUGCCCAACAUCGGGCGGACAGCUCUGCUCGGGGACGCCUCAGACUCCACCAACAGUGACUCAGCCAAAUCAAAGGGCUCGUGGGGGUCCAAGAAGGACCUGACCGCCAAGGACAUCCUCACCCUGUCCAUCAUGUCCGCCGUCACGGGCCGCAAGCGCAGGAAGCGGCACGGCGCUCGCCGCGUGGGCAGCAGCACCGACGACGACUCGGAGCACGAGCCCGUCAAGGCGGGACACCUAGGGACCGAGGAGGAGGAGGAGGAGGAGGAGGCGGAGUUACCCGUGGGAGACACGGCUCCUCGUGCGGAGGUGGAGGAGGAUGACGAGGAGGAGGAGGAGGAGGAGGAAGAAGAGGAAGUCGUGCAAGCGGAGGUGAAAGAAGAGCCGGCGCCACCUGGUCCCAGCAAGGAGGAAGAGGAGGCAGGAGGAAGGUCGAGCCAAGCCAAGGAGCCGGCGUGGCGGGCGCCCGAGGACGCGCGCUCCAUCGUGUCGGGCUACUCCACCCUCUCCACGCUGGGGCGGAGCCUGGGCUACGAAGGAAGGGCUGAGGACGCCGACGACGAGCACAGCGAGCUGGUGAGCGAGACGGACAACGAGAGCGGCUUUGCCUCGCGCUCCCUCACGCAGGAGCGCCCCGAGAAGCGCAUGGCGGUGCCACCCCCCGUCCCGCCCAAACCCUCCACCCCAGCCGCCGUCGCCCCGCCGCCUUCCGCCGUCGUCACCCUCCCACCCGCCGCCGACUGCGAAGGAGGGGCGAGAUCCACCACGCCUUCGUCCUCGUCCUCGGCUCACAGGGUUCACUCGCGGCCGUCCUUCAGCUCGCACAAGCUGAUCCUGUGCGACACGCUCGCCCGCAAGAAGAUGAAGGGCGAAAAGGCUCGCUCGCUCGACCUGCUGCACGGCGCCGCGCAGGAUGUGAGCCCAAGGACGAGGCGAGAGUCCAGACCCCGCCCCUCCUCAGGAAGCAGCCAGGAGAGUCUUCGGACUCGGCCGGCGCCCAGCGAGGCCGCCUCCUUCGCGCCCGCCGCCAAGUCUCUCGCCGACCAGGUGCGCGCCCGCCUGCUGGGCUCGGCCGACGACCUGCGCAGCGUCGGCCUCCGCAAGCCCCUCUCGCCCGAGAGCCGCCGGAAGAGGCGGGCCUGGCGCCGCCACACGGUGGUGGCGUCCCCGACCGAGACGUGCGACAAGCAGCCGCCGCUGGCCGUCACAGAGUUCCCGCUCUCCCCCGCCGGCGCUAAGACGGAAGACGGCGGCGAGCGGGGGCCUUCGGGCCGCCACGCGCCCACCUCCAGGUUCCACCAGUACCUGUGAGUCCCGGUGGCGAGCGUCCGCGCCGAGCUGCGGGUCAGCAGACUGGCAGCACGCUAACCCUUCAAAAGGACGCCGCCAUCUUGUUUUGUUUCUAAACUCACGCUUGUUGUGUACAGCAGGGGGCGCCAAAGCUCCUUUCAACGUUGCCAAAGCUCCUUUUUGUUCUCUUCCUUCUUCACGUUCUUUCCAAAAUAACAAACAGCAGGCCGAGACACGCAGGUCUGCAAAAGUCUUGGGUCACAUCCAUCAACCAAUUCUGUCGUUUGUGCGGAUGGAAGUGCAGUACUUGCAAACCACCAGUGGGGGUGCUGUUGCAACUCUUUAAAAGAGCUCCUUUUCCUUACAAUUUUAAACGCAGUCAUUUUAAAAAAAGAUUUUUCUGAAACACUUUCCUGUCAUCGGAAAUUAGUAUUAAAUUUAGAAAAAACAUUUUUAAGGACUUUUUAUCGUACAAGUUAAGUAUAAUAGUAAAUGAUAACACACUUCCUGCUUCUUUUUGGUGGAUUUUCUUCAUAUAAAGACUACAAAAUGAAUGAAUAUUAGUAAGAAACAACAACUCAGUGUGACUCAGGACUUUUGCACACAGCAAAAUAUUCCCACCUUUUAGGAAAAAGGUCAACAAAAAUACAUUUCAUCACUUCCUGUUUCGCUCACGUGCUCAUUUAUUUUAUUUGUCUUUUGUAACAUUUGUACAAAGUUGUUUUUAAAGUUGUAAAUAUCAACGUUUGUUUUGACCUUUUCUUAAUAAUAAUAAUAAUAAUCUUUGUUUCUAUGGUUUACAAACGUGUGCACACAAACACACACGCCGUCAUUUCUCUCAAGACUUGAAAUGCUCCCUUAAUAUAUUGUUUGUUUAUAUUCACUAUAUAUAUAUGACAUAUAUAUAUAUAUAUAUAUACAUAUAUAUAUGUUUUGUAAGUAAGUCGUGCUGUGACGUCACAUGUCAGAUGAGUAGCGAGAUGCGACGAGACUUGACGUGUUUUUCCGACAAACUUUUUGUCCCGCCUCGUCUUUACGGAUCUACGUGAUCGGCAAACUGCUUUGGUGAGGUGGUUAGCACCGGGGGUGGAAAGAGGAGUAAAAGUAUGCGUCCUAAAAGUUGACUCCCGUUGAAAAAAUACCCCAGUAGUUCAGUUUGACUGUCAAUAACAGAGGAAACCAAAUUGUGUUGUCUAAAGGCUGGAAUUUAGACCGUUUACAAGUUGUGUGUGACUUUAAUGCUAAUGUGUGUACUUGACCCACUUUUUACAUACACACUAAGGGUGUGAAUCUUUGGGCACUGAACGAUUCGAUUCAGAAUCGAUUCCCGAUUCAAACCGAUUCCUCACAAUGUAUUGUUCGGUAUAAUAAUUAUUAUAAAACUUUUUCUAAAACCGGUUACUGGCUUUAAAGGCUCCUUCUGGUUGCAUGGAGAUGGUCGAAAAAUGUAUUUUUAAAAAUGUAUUUUUAAUUUUAAAAAAAUGUAAUUGAUUGAUUUUUUAAAAAUGAUUGAUUCAUACAGAAUCGGAAAUAAUAAGGAUCGCGAUUCUGAUGUGAAUGAAUUUUUUAGACGUGACGUACCACUCACAACGACAUUAAGGAGUUAACAUAGCAAUGCGCGCGCUAAAGUGCUAACAUAACGCUUACAUUUUAACGCAUGUUCGCUGACAAACAGCACAUGUACAACACCCACGUCUGAAGCUGACUGCUUUAUUUUAAGAUGUGUAGCGGAGCCUCUUUUUUUCAUUUUUUUUUUCAACAAAACCUUUGGGUUUUUCCAUUCAUGGCGUAUUUAAAUGCGGCAGCUUCAAAAGCAAGUGUUUGAGCGCCUCUUCUAGGGGAGACGAUGCACUUUACUCACGUUUGCCGCUCAUAAACCUACGGAGCCUUAAGGG